UGGCUGUGGUGAGGAGUUUAGGUAAGGGCCUAGGAGCCAUCUGUUUGGACGAGAAGGGUGACAAGGUCUUAUUUGUGUUUGUGGGAUUUGUUUCUGAUGUACAAUAACCACCGCUAGGACUUCCAGCUAGAACUAGAGCAGGCAUAGUGCCAGGGCCUGCUGCCCUCUGGGCAGGUAUAAGAGCCAGGGGUGGGGCAGAGGUGUGGGUUCCGAUGGCUUGGAGCCAGCGGCUCGGCGUGCCCUCUCUCUGGGGAAUCAGGGCAGUACGCUAAGGAAACGCUCCCAGGACCAGCUGGAGGAGAUCGCCGGGGGCCCAGAGCUUGGCAGGGGCUGAGGACGCGCUCACCAGCCGGCUGAGCCGGAGAAGGGGAAUGAAAGGUCUCCGUUGGCGUUACACUCGGCUGCCCAGCCAGGUGGAGGAUGCCGCGUCUGGGGAGGAGGGUGAGGAAGAGAAAGAAGAGGAGGAAGAGACGGCUCCAGCCCCGGGCCCAGGCCUUGCUCCUGAAGAUCCCGUAGAGCCUCAGCUGACAGAAGCCAGCCAGGUCCUGGGUACCUCGGAGAUUAGGCAGCUCAGCCUCCACCUCCCACCACGAGUAAGUGGACAUCCCUGGAGCCUGGUCUUCUGCACGGCGAGGGACGGCUUCAGUCUGCGGACCUUGUACCGGCAGAUGGAGGGCCACAGUGGGCCGGUGCUGCUGGUGCUGAGGGACCUGGAUGGGCAGAUGUUUGGAGCCUUCUCCUCCUCGGCUCUCCGGCUCAGCCAAGGCUUCUACGGUACCGGCGAGACGUUCCUCUUCUCCUUCUCCCCACAGCUGAAGGUCUUUAAGUGGACGGGAAGCAACUCGUUCUUUGUGAAAGGAGACCUGGAUUCACUGAUGAUGGGCAGUGGCAGUGGCCAGUUUGGACUGUGGCUGGACGGAGACUUGUAUCAUGGAGGGAGCCAGCCCUGCGCGACCUUCAACAACGAGGUCCUGGCCCGGCAGGAGCAGUUCUGCAUCCAGGAGGUGGAGGCCUGGGUUCUAAGCUGAUGGCCCUAUGGUGGGCGGCUUCCUGCGGCUAAAAUCCCAUGCUCAGACAUGCUCAUGGACGCUGUCGAGGCCUUUCUUAAACAGGGCAGCCCAUGCUCUCUGUCCGAAGCCUGGGUGGUAGUUGCCCUCAUGUGUACCUACGUGGCCUGGGGCCCCAAGACAGGGAUGCAGCGGGUAUUGCUCUCCUGCAGAGCUGACUCUGGAGGAGUGAAAGAUACUUAGGCCUGACCUAGACAGCACCAGGCCUCUUAUGGAAAGGACCUUUUCAGAAAUCCUACAACGAAUACAUUAGGUUGCCAGGAAAGUCCUUUG